GGCACGAGGAUAUACCGAUCGAUCAGAGCCCCGCUGCCCACCUUUCUGCUCGAACCCCGGCUGUGUCGCGGAGGAUCUGCGCUGCCCUCUGCCCUGAGGCUCUCAGGGGAGUUUCAGAUUUUUAAGAUUUAUAUCCUGCGAGCGGAGCUUGGAGCGGGCAGAGACACCGCCCCGGGCUCAGGUGAGAGGAAACUUCGGCCACUUCCAGGUGCAGUGUCUGGAUUUGCGCGCGACUUUUACGCACAGCGGAGAGUUGUUAUUAUGGGGGAACUGGGAGUGUGAGCUCCUCGAGUCCGCGGAACUGGACUAACUGGACGUCGAUUUGUUGAAAUCUUCACCGUCUCACAGUGUUCAGCAGGCGCUUACGAUGUUCCAGCACAGCAAUAACAAGAAAUGCUUCACCAUAGAGUCUCUGGUCGGGAAGGAGGGGACCGGCCACAGCAGCGGCGGCUCCGGGGAUGAGCCCAUCCGGCCCACGGCGCUCCGCUUCCCGGAGCCCAUGCACCCGGCUGCUGCCGCCGGAAUCUUCGGCUCUUGCUUCCAGGGGAGCAACGGGAGGACUUUGUUCCCGGACAUGGUGCUGCAGGAGACCGGGUCACACGCGCAGGGCCCCGGUGGGCUGCCGCUGCACCCGCUGCAGAUCCCCCCGCAGAGUUUCUUCAGCCCGCAGCACCGGGACGCGCUCAGCUUCUAUCCCUGGGUGCUUCGGAGCCGGUACCUGGGACACCGCUUCCAAGGGGAGGACAGCAGUCCGGAGAACCUGCUGCUUCACGGUCCAUUCUCCAGGAAACCCAAACGGAUCCGGACGGCGUUCUCGCCCUCUCAGCUGCUCCGCCUGGAGCGAGCCUUCGAGAAGAACCACUACGUGGUCGGAGCUGAGAGGAAGCAGCUAGCCAGUGGGCUGUGCCUGACCGAGACGCAGGUGAAGGUGUGGUUUCAGAACCGCAGGACGAAGCACAAGCGUCAGAAAUUGGAGGAAGAGUCUCCUGAAGCUCAGCAGAAGAGGAAGGGCAGCCAACACGUGAGCCGCUGGAGAGCUGCGACGCAGCAGGCCGGAGGAGAGGAUGUGGACGUCAUCAGUGAGGACUAGAAGGCACCGAUCGCAUUGUUACGAAGCUGUCGAUACACACAUCACCACACUGACAAAAACACACACACACACACACACACACACACACACACACACACACACACACACACACACACACACACACACACACACACACACACACACAGUCAUGACAUCAGAACAGUUUGAGCACAUCUGUAGGGACUUUAAGGUGUGUUCAGGCACCUCAGAGGAGGUUUGAGAGGAACUCAAGUUCAAUUCUUUACAUGAGACAAGUUUAUCAUUGGGACAAUCAAAUCUACCUUUCAAAUUAUUUUCCAGAAGGUAAAUGUGAUUUGCAGGCAUGUGGAUCAAGUGAGCCACGUCCAGGUAAAACAAGCUAAGCUGAAGCACAGAAGCUUUCCGUAGGACAUUAAAACUAAAUUAAAGCAGCUCCAACUUUCAGUCCACAUGAAACACACAGUGUGCUGUUAUGUCUGAGAGUCCGGACAGUGAACGCACCAUGGGGCCCAUCUCAGCUCUCAGCACCUUUGAGCUAAAGCAACAAAAGCUGUAGUCAAGGUUACUUUUCCUUUAAAUGAACUUUAACUGUCUGAUACAAUAACACGAUUACUAGAGGACAGUCCCUCGAUCUUAUUUUGAAAGUUCACUCUCUACUAACCAGCUCACCCCAACUAUUCCUGUCUGACUCGCUGGUGUGGUCGCCUUCUAUAUCAUUCAGUCUAGAUGGACUCCAGCUCCACUGUCUUUCUGCUCUGCAAGCUCACCAAGGCUGCAGAGCAGACUUUACCUCCCCUUGUUGUUUCUCAGUUUUUGCAUCCUCAAUUCCUCUCUUCACGUCAGUGAAGGAGAUAAGGAAGAGAAACAAGGAGAGAGGCGAUGACAAUUAAAUAUGAUGCUUGGCACAGCUGCAUCAAACUUUUUUUACAGUCUGCAUUUUAUGACCUGAGGUCUGUAACUCACCAUCAUAAUGUUCACAUAUAAAAACUUUAUUUAAAUGAUGUACUUCUUGUAUUGGUGGUAUAAACAUGCAUCAAUGACCACGAAAAAUAAAGAAAUCAUAAUAAACAGAAGCCCAAAUUUUCUAAAUAAAAGUGGAUUUAAUUACUGUUUUCACCCCAGAGUACAGCUCAGAUUAGAUUAUUUCACUUUGCAUACCUGAGAAAAGACUUAAUUUGAUAAUAAACCUCUUUUGGAGCAGAGUUUCUUCAGGUUAUAGACACCCAAAAAUAUUUAGUCUGAGAUUCAGUUCAAUCCAAUUUUAUUUAUAUAGUGUCAAAUCGCAACAAACUAUCACCUCAAGGCACUUUAUAUUGUAAGGUAGAGACCCUACAAUAAUUACAAUUGAGAUGUUGAUAUCCCUGUUAAAGAGGCUUUUUCUAGAGCAAACUCAGACCUGCUGUUAACCACAACCUUGGAACAGCACAUACACACUCUACAUGCACAUAACACACUCACACAGAAAGUGACAGCUUACCUUUCUGAUGGACGUCUCUGGAUGGCGCCCGGACAUUUUUCCUGCCAGUUGGACUUUGAUGCUUUUGAGAGGCAAAAAUGUGGUCACAGCUGCUGACUGAACACUCGAUGGUGCCAAACCAAGCAGGCAUCCUGAAACAAAAAAAGAGACUAAAGAGAGAGGAGACGCUGCUGGGACGAAGGCUCCUGAGCGUCUGUCUGCAACAGAAGGCAGAAGGCAGCCACCGACCUGAACGAGGGGAAAACGGAAAGACGAGGUUCAUCCGGCAGGGAAGAAGAUGGGAAGCAGAGACAGGAGGGAGUUUAUGAUGACGAGGGCAGAGGUACAGAGUUAAAGGAGUUGGUGCCAGUCUGUGAGGCUUUAAUUCAACUUUGAGAGCCAAAAAAAAAACCCAGAAAGCUUAUUUCUGACACAUUUAAACCCCAAACAGAUCUUUAAAAAAUUUUAUUUUACACCUUUCAGGAUCUUAAAAAACUCAUUUUAAUGGUAUCAUUUCUUUGAAGCAUCUAUCUGAGAUAAGUCCCAACCAGUCUGCUGCAUGAAAAACUCAUUUAUUUCAUGAACUUUUGGCUCCAUUGUUCUUUUUCAUGCAGCAGAUUGCUGUUUAUCCAUUAGAGGGUUCUGGAAACCUCUUCAGAUCUGACUAUCAGAAAAUGAUUCUCUCAAGUCUUUGUGCUCUGGAGACAAAAAAAAAAAAUUAUCAUCAGGUUUGUAAGAGUCGCCUGGUUUUUAUCUUUAACCUGAGGCUGAGGAACAAAGUGAAGCUGCAGAGAGGCGUUCAGGUAUUUGCAGGCACUGAUCAAGGCACUGAUCAGAUCAAGUUUAAAAGACAUGCACAGACUGGCAGAUGGGACAUAAUCACAGACUGAGGUUAAUUUCCUGCCGGACGAACUCCUCUUUUUACAGAAACCUGCCUGAAUGAAAACUAAGAGUUUAUAUGUCUAAAAAUAUAUUUUUUAAUGUCAACAAAUCUCCAAGUUUACUGUAAACCUUUAAAAUCACGCCACAAAUGCACAGCUUCAGUUUUAGGACACAUUAAUGAGCAGGAGGUCAUGCGCUCUGAUUGGUAAGCCUCAUUUUCAGGUUUUAUUCCUGCUCUGCUGCAAAGAAUUUAAAAGUCAACUGAAGAAUUCAAACCUAAAUUAUUUCAGAAAAUCGUCUUUAUAACAUAUCUGGGUUUCAAGAAUCUACAAUAACUACAGGAAGAAGUGCGUUAUGUGUUUUUUUUAAAAAUAUAAAAGCAAAAAUACUCAAAAAGGCAGAAAUGGUGAAUUUGUUUGGGAGUAUUUUCAGUGGCGGAUUAAUCCACAUUUUAUAAGCAUUUGUGGCAGCAGGAAUCAAAAUAGAGGUCAUAAGCAGGUUUGAUGUUUGAGCUCAUUUUAUUUUUUUUUUGCCACAGCGGCUUUUCUCGGCAGUGGAGAGAGACAGGAAGUGGGGGAAAGACACAAGGGAAGACACGCAGGCAGAUUGGCGACAGGCCAGGACUCGAACCCGCGCCGCAGCGCGGCAUAUGUAUGUGGUCACAGGCUUCAACGCUAAGCCACCCAGGCGCCCCAAAGUUAUCACAUUUUAAAGAGAUUUGUUGACAAUAAGAAAAAUAAAGUUUGAUUCAACAUCCUGCAGGAAUAUUUUAGUCAUUUUUCAGUGCGGCAGACGCAGGAAGCAGCUGAUCCCGGAGCAAUGUGUUUCACUUUUCGUUCGGCUGGUAGUUUUUGUCUUUGUGGGGAAAAAUGUAGGUAUUUAUGUAAAAAUGGAUUUGAAAGUAUUCUAUGCAUCUGAUAUGUAUAUAAUGACGAUAAUAAUAAUAACGUGUGGACUGUUUGUUUGUUUCUCUCUCACUGCAUCAGUUCAUCUGUUUGUUUCUUCUUCCUGGACAGAGUUACCUCAUCAUCUCCUUAUGUAGCACUUCUUCUUCUUCUUAGAUAUAUUUUUUCAUCAGUUUAGGAUCAAAUGCACUAACUGUACAUCUCGGUUCCUCUGAAAAGGGGAAGGAAAAAAAUGACAGAAGCUUUGUACUUCCUGUGUUCAGAUU